AUGUCUAGUAAUAGGGAACAGGUUUUCCCCACUCGUAUGACCUUGGGUCUUAUGAAGACUAAGUUAAAGGGUGCUAAUCAGGGUUAUUCUUUGUUGAAGAGAAAGUCUGAAGCAUUAACGAAGAGAUUCCGUGAUAUCACUAAAAGAAUAGAUGAUUCAAAGCAGAAGAUGGGCAGAGUGAUGCAAACAGCUGCGUUCUCUUUGGCGGAGGUCACAUAUGCUACAGGUGAAAAUAUAGGGUACCAAGUUCAAGAGAAUGUUGCCAAUGCAAGAUUCAAAGUUAGGGCCACGCAAGAAAACGUGAGUGGUGUGUACUUGCCUCAAUUUGAAUCAUUCAUCGACUCCAACAUCAACGACUUCAAAAUGACAGGUCUAGGUCGUGGUGGUCAACAAGUUCAGCGUGCUAAGGAAAUUUACUCAAGGGCUGUUGAAACACUAGUUGAAUUGGCUUCGUUACAAACGGCUUUCAUUAUCUUGGACGAAGUUAUCAAAGUUACCAACCGUAGAGUGAAUGCCAUUGAACAUGUGAUCAUUCCAAGAACGGAAAACACCAUUGCUUAUAUCAACUCCGAGCUAGACGAAUUGGAUAGAGAAGAGUUUUAUAGAUUGAAGAAAGUGCAAGAAAAGAAACAGAUUCAAACUGCUCAGUUGGAUGCUGAAAUGAAGCAGAAGAAAUUAGAUGAAGCAAAUGCUGAGUCUGAAGGUAAACCAGAUUCUCAAGAAGCGACCAAAACUGGCGUAGAAGCUGCCGACACACAAGAACAAGAAGAACAAUCUGGCCCACAAGUAGAAGCUCUGAUUACCGAACAAGAGGAAGAUGUCAUCUUUUGA